ACUCGACUCAAUUUUUCUUCUCCGGGUCCGACCAUCUCUGUAAACAUCGUACUUGGGGAGACAAUUCUGUCAGAGACCAUCUCCGUUGUCUUCCUCACUAAGAGAACUCUCUCUGUCUCUCUUGUUGUUGCAAGCUCUUCUCCGCAACAAUGGCAGUUCGUGUUCCUCUGCUUGCUCGUCUUGUUUCUAAUGGUGGACGCUCGUGUCAGACGGCUACUCAGCGACGACCAGAGCGAAUCCGCUCUGUUAACGGCGUUCAAGCAAGUCUCCGUAAAGUCGGAUCCUAACAACUUUCUGGGUAACUGGAAACACGGGUCGGGUCGUGACCCAUGUUCUUGGCGUGGCGUCUCCUGCUCUAACGAUGGUCGAGUCGUUGCUCUGGAUCUACGAAACGGUGGCCUUACCGGCACACUAAAUCUCAACAAUCUCACGGCGUUGUCGCAUCUCCGGAAUCUCUAUCUCCAAGGAAACUCCUUCUCGUCCGGUGACUCCUCUGGUUCUUCUUCCGGAUGUUCCCUUGAGGUUAUGGACUUAUCUUCAAACUUGAUAUCGGACUCUUCAAUGGUGGAUUACGUUUUCUCUAGCUGUUUGAAUCUGGUGUCUGUCAAUUUUUCGAGUAACAAGCUCGCCGGGAUAUUGAUUUCUGCUCCGUCGACGAGUAACAAGAGAAUCACCACCGUCGAUCUCUCGUUUAAUCUCUUUUCCGAGGAGAUUCCCGAGACUUUCGUCUCAGGUUUUCCGGCGUCUUUGAAACACCUCGAUCUAUCGCACAACAAUUUCUCCGGCGAGUUCUCCCGUCUCAGUUUCGGCCUAUGCGGUAACCUCACCGUAUUCAGUCUAUCGCAUAACAACAUCUCCGGCGAUAGAUUCCCAUAUAGUCUGUCAAACUGUAAGCUCCUCGAGACGCUAAACCUCUCUAGGAACAGUCUCGCCGGGAAAAUCCCCGGCGAAGGAUAUUGGGGAAAUUUCGAGAACCUGAAAGAGCUCUUCCUCGCACACAAUCUUUUCUCCGGAGAGAUUCCACCGGAGCUUUCUCUGCUCUGCCGAACACUAGAGGUCCUCGAUCUCUCCGGCAACAGUCUCACAGGUUCUGUCCCCGUUUCGCUCACCAACUGUACUAACCUGCGAGUUCUUGAUCUGAGCUCAAACGAGUUCACCGGGGAAGUACCAUCUGGCUUCUGCUCUCUUCAAAGCUCGCCGGUUCUGGAGAAGUUGCUUAUCGCCAACAACUACCUCUCAGGAACUGUUCCUAUGGAGCUUGGUAAAUGCAAGAGCUUGAAGUCUAUAGAUCUCAGCUUCAAUGCUCUCACCGGUACGAUUCCAAAUGAGGUAUGGAUGUUGCCGAAUCUCUCUGACUUGGUUAUGUGGGCGAACAAUCUCACCGGUGGAAUCCCUGACGGCAUUUGUGUGGACGGAGGAAACUUGGAAACUCUGAUCCUAAACAACAAUCUCUUAACCGGUUCUAUACCAGAAACAAUCUCCAAAUGCACCAACAUGCUCUGGAUCUCCCUUUCUAGCAACCUCCUUACCGGAAAAAUCCCGGUAGGUAUCGGAAACCUCGAGAAACUGGCGAUUCUACAGCUCGGAAACAAUUCUUUGACAGGGAAUGUCCCGCCUGAGCUCGGGAACUGCAAAAGCCUAAUCUGGCUUGACCUGAAUAGUAACAGCCUAACCGGGAAUCUCCCAGCUGAGCUUGCUAGCCAGACCGGGCUUGUAAUGCCUGGAAGCGUCUCUGGUAAACAGUUUGCGUUUGUGAGGAAUGAAGGUGGGACGGAUUGCAGAGGCGCAGGCGGUUUGGUUGAGUUUGAAGGCAUUCGUGCAGAGCGGUUGGAGCAUUUUCCGAGGUUUCAUUCUUGUCCCGCGACUCGGAUAUACUCUGGCAUGACGAUGUACACCUUCUCCGGGAACGGGAGCAUGAUCUACAUCGACGUCUCGUACAAUGCGGUUUCUGGUUCUAUUCCUCUGAGCUAUGGUGAUAUGGCGUACAUUCAGGUCUUGAACUUUGGACAUAACCUCUUAACUGGAGCCAUACCGGAUAGCUUCGGUGGAUUGAAAGCAAUCGGAGUUCUUGAUUUAUCUCACAACCAUCUCCAAGGAUUCUUACCCGGUUCACUUGGAGGCCUCUCCUUCCUCAGCGACUUAGACGUCUCUAACAACAAUCUAACCGGACCAAUACCAUCUGGAGGCCAACUUACGACGUUCCCAGUCAAAAGAUAUGCAAACAACUCAGGGCUUUGCGGUGUUCCUCUCCCUCCUUGCAGCUCUGGUUCUCGUUCCACAGGCUCCAGUGCUCACCCUAAGAAGCAGAGCAUUGCGACUGGGAUGAUCACUGGGAUUGUGUUUUCGUUCAUGUGUAUCUUGGUGCUUACUAUGGCGCUUUACCGAGUAAGGAAGGUUCAGAAGAAGGAGAGGCAGAGAGAGAAAUACAUUACGAGCCUUCCGACCUCUGGUAGCAGUAGCUGGAAGCUCUCUAGCGUUCAUGAACCGUUAAGCAUCAACGUUGCAACGUUCGAGAAGCCGCUGCGAAAACUCACUUUUGCACACCUUUUAGAAGCAACGAAUGGGAAGAAGAUUGCAACAGGUGCUGCCCGUGGGCUAGCUUUUCUGCACCAUAGCUGCAUUCCUCACAUUAUCCAUAGAGACAUGAAGUCAAGCAACGUUCUUCUAGACCAAGAUUUUACAGCCCGUGUCUCGGAUUUUGGUAUGGCAAGGCUGGUGAGCGCUCUGGACACGCACUUGAGCGUGAGCACGCUCGCGGGAACUCCUGGUUAUGUUCCACCAGAGUAUUACCAGAGUUUCCGGUGCACCACCAAAGGAGAUGUGUAUAGCUAUGGUGUUAUACUUCUCGAGCUUCUCUCAGGCAAGAAACCGAUUCAUCCAGAGGAGUUUGGUGAAGACAACAACCUCGUGGGGUGGGCUAAACAGCUUUACAGGGAGAAGAGAGGAGCUGAGAUUCUUGAUCUAGACCUGAUUACAGAGAAAUCUGGCGAUGUUGAGCUGUUUCAUUACUUGAAAAUCGCGUCUCAAUGUCUGGAUGAUCGACCGUUCAAAAGGCCAACAAUGAUUCAAGUAAUGGCUAUGUUCAAAGAGCUUGUUCAGGUCGAUACAGAGAAUGAUAGUCUCGAUGAAUUUUCUUUCAAGGAAACGCCAUUUGAUGAAGAAUCACGAGAUAAAGAGCCUUAA